CGGUGGUCAUCGACGCGCAGAUUCAUACUCGGUGCAAGCAUGGAUGACAUCGACCUCAUCCUGACACUACUCCCCAUUAUAUCCGAGCCUCCUCCCCCUCCUCCGCCUCUCAACGCAGCUGCAGUCAGCUCAGUUGCUGCUGCCAGUGACUUCCUUGAUGAUUUCGAGAGGAUCACCGCUCUCUUGUGCGCCGACCCUUCUCCUGAGGUCCACAAGGGUGGCAAACGAGUGCAUCCAGAGCAGGGAGGCACGAGGAUCACACGUGCAUGGCUCGAAUCAAUAAGCAACCAUGACUGUGUUUGGCGUUUUCGAUUGAACGCCAAAGAGCUUAUCGAGCUUAGGGAAGCGCUCGACAUACCAGAGCAGUUCAAAACAGCUGGUCGAUACGUCUUCUCGGGCCUCGAAGCGUUAUGCCUCCUUCUCGCACGUUUUCGCUCUGCUGGCGAUAUGUACGAGCUCUCCACAAAGUACGCGCGCUCACAGGCAUCCAUAUCCGAGUGUAUCAAUGAGCUCGUCAUCUGGCUGGAUGAGCGAUGGGAGCACAUCCUGUAUUUCGACCACGAACACCUUCUCCGUCCAUCUGCUCUCGCCGAGUACGCUGCUGCCGUUUAUGAAAAAGGAGCACCUCCUGCAUCUGUCUUCGCCUUCAUCGACUGUACCAUCCGACAGAUUGCUCGGCCAACCUGGCAUCAGCAGCAGGCAUACAACGGUCACAAGAAGUAUCACGCCCUCAAAUACCAGGCUCUCAUGCUUCCGAAUGGAAUCAUCGGCCACUUGUAUGGACCGUGGGAAGGACGGCGGAACGACAAUGCCCUCCUGGCUGGCAGUGGUCUGAUGGAGAGGUUGGAGCGUUUCGCUAUCCGGGAGGACGUACGCGAGGAUGCCCCAAUCGAGGAGCGCUUUCUGCAGAUCUUUGGAGAUCCUGCCUAUGGUCUUGGCCUGCAUAUCCUGAGCCCAUUUGCAGGACCUGGAGAGCGGACGAAGGAGCAGCAGGCUUGGAAUGCAAUGAUGUCCAAGGUACGCAUUACUGUCGAGAAUGGCUUCGGAAAUAUUACGAACCUUUUUCCUUUCCUGAAUGCCGGGUGGAAAAUGCAUUUGUACUCUUCUCCGGUUGGACGGUACUAUAGGAUUGGUGUGUUACUUGCCAACUGCAUUGAUUGCUUACAUCCCAACCAAGUUGCUCAAUACUUUGAUUGUUGUCCCCCUACUUUAGAAGAGUAUCUUCAUGACUUCACAACAUAGCUAUCUUCAACGAAUGACUGGAGUUAGACAAGUAGCGAAUAGUUGUAUGGAAGGUCAAAUAAAUGUAUAUAUGUGUAGGUAAAAAGGAUAGUAAACGGU